AUGGCUGCUUCCUCAGUCACUGUCACAUACAAUUUCGGCCAAAAAACUUCACUUGCUCGAAAACCCAUCUCCAAAACAACCCCCUCUUCUGUUUUAGCUUCCUCAACAGCAACCCACCUGAAGAAGAAGAGAUGGAAUGUUCUGCGCUUGGUUAUGGAAAAGAAAACAGAGAAGGAUCAUAAACUACAAGUUAAGAUCAAAGCCUUAGAAGAGACGAACACAGAGAGGUGGACUGUGAUAACGCCACGUGUGGCAGAGAGAUUGGAGAGAAAGAGAUCAGAAAAAAACACCUACCUUGUUGCUGCAAUCAUGUCCAGCCUUGGAGUUACUUCAGCUGCCGCCAUGGCUGUAUAUUACAGAUUCUCUUGGCAAACAGAGUUUGGAGAAUAUAUCCUUCCUGAAAUGCUGUGUACAUUUGCUCUCUCUGUGGGCUCUGCUGUGGGCAUGGAGUUUUGGGCAAGGUGGGCUCAUAGAGCUUUGUGGCAUGCUUCAAUGUUUCAUAUGCAUGAGUCUCAUCACCAACCUAGGGAUGGCCCUUUCGAGCUCAACGAUAUCUUUGCCAUAAUCAAUGUUGUUCCUGCAACUGCUCUUCUCUCUUAUGGUUUCUUCAACAAGGGUUUGUUUCCAGGACUCUGUUUUGGUGCUGGAUUAGGAAUAACAACUUUUGGGAUGGCCUACAUGUUUGUGCAUGAUGGUCUUGUGCACCGUAGAUUUCCAGUUGGGCCAAUCGCAGACGUCCCUUAUUUACAAAAAGUUGCUGCAGCCCAUUAUCUUCAUCACUCUUGCAUAUUGAAUGGAGUGCCAUAUGGGUUGUUCUUGGGACCCAAGGAAAUAGAGGAGGUCGGGGGCAUGGAAGAAUUGGAAAAGGAAGUCCAGCGCAGAACUAAGAAAUCCAAAAGUUGA